AUGCUCUGGAUUCAUCUGCUGUGCACCGCCGUGUUACCCUCAACCUUGGCACUAGCCGAGUGCCUCUGGCAGGACUACAGCAGCCCGCUUGACGACACAGUAAGGCAGACUUGCGGAGCUGAAGAUGCGACGGGAUGGCAAGGCCCCGAGCACUGCAUGGGCGAUUCGUGCCUGUACUGGAACCCUCGUUACAACAACGGCCAGGGCCUCGCUCUCAUCACUAGGGGCGAGCAAGCCAUGGAGGCGGCGGCGCUCACCGAAGCCGCCACCGACGGCCCUCCCCUCACAUCUCCCGAGGACCCUCCCUUCCGAGUCGCCGAGGUGCCCGGAAAGGGGAGAGGUCUGGUCGCGACGCGACUGAUCCGAACGGGCGAGGUCGUCCUAUCCGUGCGCCCCGUCCUGGCCGUCGACGUGGACGCCUUCCACGGGCUCCCUGAAGCCAAGGUCGGGGCUCUGUACGAUCGCGCGCUGGAGAAGCUGUCCCCCGCGGCCAGGGAGGGCUUCAUGGGCCAGGCGGGCGACGACGUGCGCGCCAAGCUGGCGCGGAACGCCUUUACGCUGUGGAUCGGGGCCCGGGGGAAGCACAUGGCCGUCUACCCGCAGGCGGCGCUGAUCAACCACGACUGUCGGCCGAGCACCACGUACCGCCUCAGCAACCUGACGCACAUCACGACGGCCGUGCGCGACAUCCAGCCCGGCGAGGAGAUCAGCCUCAGCUACAUCGACCUGAUGCAGCCGCGAGCAGAACGCCAGGCGCGCCUGCGCGGGUGGGGCUUCGACUGCCGCUGCCGGCAGUGCAGCCUGCCCGACCACGCCGCCGCCGCCGCCUCGGACGCCAACGUGGCGCGGAUCCACGAGCUGACCGCCGCGCUCGACAGCCUCGACGGCGCCGUGACGGCCGACACGGGCCGCGAGCUGGUGGCGCUGCACGAGCGCGAGCGCCUGCACCUGUACCUGGGCGCGGCGUGCACGCGCGCCGCGCUCAACUUCGGCAUGUUCGGCAUGCGGGACGAGGUCGUCGCGUACGGGGAGCGGGCCAUCGAGGCGCUGGAGAGGCAGCUGGGGCCCCGCGCGGCCGACAUACCGUCUCUCAAGGCGUUGGUGGAGGACCCGACGGGGCACUGGACGUGGGGGUUGCGGACGAGGCGGGGGAAGGGCAAGGGCGAGGAGGAGGAGGUGCGUGGUGAUGAGGCUGCUAGCAACGAGCUGUAG